AUGUCUGCUGCCAAGUCAUUCCGUCAAAUCCUUGGCGCACCCCCUUCCACUGCUUCUACCAGUGAUUCAACUCUCAUCAUCAUCGAUGCUCAGAACGAGUACGCCACAGGCCUUCUCGCUGUUGAGAAAGUCAGCGAAUCUCGCAAGGUCAUUUCCAAGCUAUUGGAAAAAUAUCGACAGAAUGGAAAUGGCAAGAACAUCGUCCAUGUUGUCCACGAAGUGCCUGCCGGUGCACCUGUCUUCACACCCGGCACUACUCUCGCACAGGAAUUUGAAGAGUUGACGCCCAAGCCGAACGAGAAAGUGGUCACCAAGAAUUUCCCCAGUUCUUUUGCCAAGACCGAUCUGCAUGAAUACCUGCAGGGACUGGGAGAAGUAGGCCAGAAAAUUGUACUGGUCGGCUACAUGGCACACGUUUGCAUUUCUACUACCACACGUGCUGGUAGUGAGCUGGGAUAUGAUGUGCUCAUUGUGGGGGAGGCUGUGGGCGAUCGCAACAUCCCCGGUGCAAAUGCGGAGACUGUAGUCUCUGUGGUUCUCAGCGAGUUGGGCGAUGCAUUUGCCACAAUUGUCUCUGAAAGUGAGAUCAGCUCUUGA